GUGAGCCUUGCAGAUGCGAUUCAAAAACAGAUGUACCCUCCACCAAACCGCCUCAGCCAGGCGUGUGUUAUAUUGCAGGUGUGUUCUAUACAGCUGUUCCACACAGGUGCGUUCGCGGCGCGGCCCCGCCUCCCGUUGGCCCCGCCUUCUCAUCUAGGCUCAGGUGCACAAGCCGGAAGUGUGCUCCCCUCCCAGGUGAGUGACUAAACUUUCCGGGUCACGUGAGCGGGCGGAGCUGGAAGAGUCCCACCGAGCUACUGACCGAGGCACCGAAAGUUCGGGCGAAGGACCGGGACCGGGACUCAGCGAGAUCGGAGACGCCUGGGCCAGGUGCCGGGUCGAAGGUAUCCCCGGCUGGAGAUGCGGUAGGAGCGGCGCGCUCGAGAAGCCCUGUCCCCAGUGCCACCAGCUCGUCGCCCGGCUCAUGGCGAGUCCUGGCCUGGGGCUGCUCCUGGCGCUCGGCCUGCCGCUGCUGCUGGCCCGCUGGGGCCGGGUCUGGGGGCAAACACCGGACCCCCAUGUAAGUGGGAACAGUACCAUUUCGCCCUCUGGCCCCAGUUCCGGCGCCAAUGGGGCCCUGUCCCAGGAGGCCACCACUGCCAUCAUCGUGGUCUUCUCCCUCCUGGCUGCCCUACUCCUGGCCGUGGGCCUGGUACUGCUGGUACGGAAGCUUCGGGAGAAACGGCAGACGGAGGGCACCUACCGGCCCAGCAGUGAGGAGCAGUUCUCCCAUGCAGCUGAGGCCCGGGCUCCCCAGGACUCCAAGGAGACAGUGCGGGGCUGCCUGCCCAUCUAGGUUCCCUUCCUCUAUCCAGCACCCUUCCUGGCUGUGUGAACUUGAGGGGAAGCAGAGCCCUCUCUGGGAAGCCAAACCCACCCAGUGCUUAGGACUAGGAGGGAAGAAGAUGCUUCAGAGACUUUGCCCUUGAGGACAAGGGAGGGCAAGGCUGCUCACUUGUGCGGUGUUAUAAACCUUUUCGUGAGCUGGUGGGGGCAGGGACUAGCCUAGGUGGAGGAGACACAUGCAGGGCUUGUAGGCUGUUGAGAGAUGAAUUGUAAAGUCUCUUAGGGGCUGGGAGGGCUUCCUGGAAGGGAGGGGCUUUUAGCUGCACCUAGGAGCUAGCUGGAGGCUGCCUUGUGGAGGGAAGGCUGUGGAUGGCGGUAGGUUUCCGAACAGAGGGUUCCCAGAUAAACCCACCAGGAAAAACCAGCUUUUUGGUUCUGCAGC